AUGGGUGAAAGUGAUCAUUAUGGCUUUUCCCUUACGACUUUCAGCCCUUCUGGCAAAUUAAUGCAAAUCGAAUAUGCUUUAAAUGCGGUGAAGAAUGGGCAACCAUCCGUAGGAUUGCGAGCAUCAGAUGGCGUGGUUUUGGCUACCGAGAAUAAGAUAUCGGUGCUAUAUGAAGAUCAACCAAAAGUAGAAAAGAUUAGUCAACAUAUCGGUUGUGUUUAUAGUGGCAUGGGACCUGAUUACAGAAUCCUGGUUAAAAAGGCACGGAAAUUGGCGAUGGAAUAUGAAUUGAUGUAUGGCGAAGAAAUACCGACAACACAACUUGUGACAAAGUUAGCUGCAGUGAUGCAAGAAUAUACUCAGUCAGGCGGUGUACGACCAUUCGGUGUAUCAAUGCUUGUUGCUGGCUGGGACCGUGAGCCAAAUUCUGGUCGACCACUUUUGUUCCAGUGCGAUCCUUCGGGAGCAUAUUUUGCUUGGAAAGCAACAGCUUUGGGAAAGAAUGAUGUCAAUGCAAAAACAUUUUUGGAGAAGCGAUUUAGCGAUGCGUUAGAGCUGGAUGACGGUAUUCAUACGGCAUUAUUGACAUUGCGUGAAAGUUUUGACGUUGGUAUGACGGAAGAUAACGUGGAAAUAGCAGUGUGCAAUAAAAAUGGGUUCACACGUUUAUCAAAACAACAAGUGAAAGAUCAUCUUGGCGCACUCUGA